UCGGUUGCGCUCGCCUUAGGUGGUGGUGGUGGUGGGGUGAAUGCUCCAUAGGCCGACUCCAUCGUGGGCCUUCUGCUGCGCUACUGUUGCUCUUGAUGCAAGGAACGACAGAAAUAGGCUUGAAAUUCACCACUUCAAAUAUAUACUUAGUUUCACGGUUUCCCAAGAAGGAGGAUAUCGUUGUGUGUAGGAGACGUACAAACAGAUUGAUGCAGUUACCUAAUUAAGACUUCUGGCAGUCUUUGACAGCAUAAAAAAAACUGUCAAGUGUGGUUCACGUAGCCUGGUGAAUGGUUAUUUCAGUUCUUUGAAAUGGAAAACUACACAGAGGAUUCGCACAAAGUCGGGACGGCAGUGUUCUGUCCAGGCUUUGUUAGAGCUACUGCUGCGUGGAUGACUGCCUUGCAAAACUGUGAGGGGAGCUCAACCGUAGAGGCCAGCAAAUCAGAGUGGAAAGAAACCUGAGCAAAUUGAAAUCGUUCUCCAUGGGCAAAGAGAGAUCACCUUAUAUGGGAACAUCUAUGGGCAAGAAGAUGAAUGCGUCUGGCCUAGCUGCUGAGGUCAGAUCCCAAACAGAUGGAAGAUGUUAAUGUGAAAACUAGAACAUUUAGGAAGAGAAGAUAACACUUAUAUCUGCUUCUCUUAUGCAAUCUGAGUCUUGUUGUUUUUCUGUCUUAUUAUGAAUAAUGGGUUAUGUGUAUAUGUAUCUAGGUCUGACUGGUUUACAUUAAAAAUCAAUUUCUUUGUGGCUAUUUGGGCACCUAAAUGCAUCCCAGGUCUGUCUCUGGUUCUUCCCAAUCACAGCUCUUUCAGCUGUUGUUAUGUAUUAGCAGUUUCCUCUUAUUUGCCAAAGUGUCAGUAGUAUCAACCAUAGUAGUAGGGACUGCAGUCAGCAACAGCAUAAGGAAUGACCACUGAUGUCUUGAAAACUUAAGCCUGUUUGUAUCAGAAGGUGACUUGUUCCUGUGUGCUAGAGCAUUGAAGGCAAUACUGACAGAUAAAAAGCAUUUCUUGUUCUGCAUUUUUUGUCAUGAUUGUAGUCAUAGGUAGCAUUCUAGGUGACCUAAGGCAGGGUAGGACCGGACAAAAAAAUAUUAGCUCUGUAUUGUGGGCUUUGUUUAUUUUGUGCCUUUGUGUGGGUCUUCUGUUGCAAGAGAAAGGAUCCUGAUCCUUUUAAUCUGAGUCUAGUGAAUUCUGAUCUAAGCUGCUUAUCUUACAUACCCUGAGCCUGAGAUUUACAGCUCCCACCCUGACAGCCCACCUAAAUCUCCUCUGUUUGCAUUGUUGUAUGGUGGCCUCACACUAGCUCCCUUGGCCAGAUGCGAAUAGUUGGCUUGCAGCACACUGUCCAGCUCUGUCUAGUGCGUGAAGCUAUUGAGUAGGAAAGAGGCUGCAGCCAAAGUAUGUACCACGUACUGGCUCUGCUCAGAGGAAUACUGACUGCAUCACCCAGCUGUCCUCCCUUGUAUUCCUACGAACUGAUGCAAAAGACACAAGACCGUUCUGAGAUCCAACAGGAUGAUGUCCCAUGCAGUGUGAGACUCAUCUCUGCAGUUGCCCCAGCGUUGCUUCAGACUGACAGAGCAUCCUCACAGAGGAGUCCCCUUCGCGGAGUGCAAUGUUCAGAGCAAGAGGAGGUGGUUGCAGUGCUGUCCACGAGGCCCAAGGAGACUCUCCCUGGUGAGGCCUUCAGUCGGUGGGACUGUAAAGGAGCAGAAAGAUUGAGCGCUGGUGGUAGUGUUUGGGGUGGUACUACUGAGAGGAGAUGGCACUGUCGACAGAAAGCAACAAGAGCAAUGCUCAGAGAUCAGCUCUGGGGCUCCUGGGUGAAAUGUGGUGCUCUUUCUGUGAACAAACCAAAGGAAGUAACUCUUCAUGCAAUGUGUAGUUAGCUGUGGAGCUCCUUGCUACAGGAUUUUGCAGAUGCUGGAAGUUUACCUGGGAAGACUGGAUAAAUUCAUGGAAGAGUAAUCUAUUGAAGGUUUCUGACUGUGCCUUUAAGUGGUGUGGCCUGGGUAGGAUGCAGGCGCGGAAGGAGACUGCACAAGGCAGCUGCAGUUUUCCAAAGCCUAGAUUUCUCAGGAAGUGCUAAGGAUGGCUGCAUGUGACUUUCUGAAGUUUCUGCAUAGAUACGACUCUUCGAAAGUUAUCCACUUUCACAGUCUUAAAUAUGGAUGUAUGAAAUGGAUCUUUCAUAUAUUUGUCGGCGCAUAUGUUGGUUACACACUCAUCGUUGACAGACGCUAUCAGGAGAAGGACAACAUUAUCAGCUCCGUUCACACUAAAGUGAAGGGAGUGGCUCAGACAGGCGAAAGGAUCUGGGAUACAGCAGAAUACACCAUACCGAUGCAGGGAGUAGACUCCUUUUUUGUAAUAACCAACAUCAUUAUGACAGAGAAUCAGCUUCAGAGGAGGUGCCCUGAGUAUCCCGUUGCCAAAGCUAUCUGCUUUUCAGACAAGUCCUGCAAAAAAGGGAGUGUGGAUCACCAGAGUAAUGGAAUUCAGACAGGAAGAUGUGUGAAUUAUAACGCAACUGUUAAAACCUGUGAGGUCGUAGCAUGGUGCCCUGUGGAAUCCAAGAAAACUGCUCCUGUGCCUGCUGUUCUGAAGAGUUCUGAAGACUUCACAGUGCUAAUAAAGAACAACAUCCACUUCCCAAAAUUUAAUUACACCACACAAAAUAUUCCAUCGAAUUUCAAUAGUUCCUGCACAUUCAACAAGAUAACUUCCCCGCUCUGUCCAGUUUUCCGUCUGGGAGAUAUCCUUCAGGCAGCAAAUGAGAAUUUUUCUGAGGUGGCAGUUGAGGGGGGAAUCAUUGGCAUUGAGAUUAACUGGGACUGUAGCUUGGACAAAUGGUUUUACUACUGCAGUCCAAAGUAUGGUUUCCGACGCCUUGAUGACAAAACAACAAGCAAAUAUCCUGGUUUCAACUUUAGAUUUGCAAAGUACUACAAGCUACACAAUGGGGAGGAACAGCGGACCCUUCUCAAAGUCUAUGGAAUACGGUUUGAUGUCCUUGUCUUUGGCACAGCUGGAAAAUUUGACGUCAUUGAACUCGUGACAUACAUUGGGUCCAUGAUCUCCUAUUUUGGCUUGGCUGUGGUCGUCAUCGAUUUAUAUAUUAGUUUAUAUAGUUGCUGCAGCUGUUGCAAAUCACCCGUCAAGGAAUAUCACUUCAGAAAGAAGUACGAGACUGUGCUGAAUCCAAGACAGGUGUUGUAUGUGUCCUACGUUGAUGAGCCACAUGUUACCUUGAUAAAGAAACGCCUGAAAACAAGCUUGCAGCAUACUACAGGCGACGUUGUUGAGGAAUUGUUGCAGAGCCACCCUGAGAAAGCCUCUGAUGCUAACUGCUGCACCAGUAACUCCGACAGGGACCCUGUUACGGAAGAACCUGAGAUGUAUCCUCUCCAACGGCCAAGGCAAAGGGCCUCCUCCCCAGACCGCCCAGCGUGGUGCUGCUGUGGGAAAUGCCAGCUAACAGAGAAGUACCAUGAGCAGCUCUGCUGCCGAAGGAAAGAAGGAAAAUGCAUCACAACCUCCCCUUUAUUUGAGCGACUGGUGCUGUCCAGAAACAACCUGAAAAACAUCCUUCUCUACAAAGAGCCCUUUCUGGACUUGAACAGUAAGAAUGUCAAUGACAGGUUGCGUCACUGUGCUUUCAAGCAGUAUGUUCGCUGGCGCUUUGGCUCUUUUGAUCUGGAAAACAGAGCUGUCAUCCCAAGCUGCUGCAGGUGGCAGAUUAGAGAUACUUAUCCCAAAGCGGAUGGCAAAUAUACUGGUUUUAAAACUACAUGAGGAUGCGGUAGUACAACUCAAGCUCACGCUGUGACUUACCCUGGACAUUUAACCUUUGUUUUCUCUUUUGGGCCUUUAAACAAAAACAAAAACAAAGAAAAGAAAACACAUGACUUCCCAAAAUCUUCUGCUAUAUGGCUGAAUUCUGUACACGCUGUCAUUGCAGAGGCAGUAUUGCCUACAGCUCAGCUGGAGGAACCAUUACUUUGAGUUAAAGUGCUUGCUUCUGCCUUUGCUUCCUUCUCUGAGUCAUCCCACAGAGAAUCUAGACCAUGGUUUGGAAAUGUAGCCUCUGGGGUGAAUUCUUGUAGGUAUGUUUUGGUGGGAGGUUCCAGGCCUCCCGUCUCCGCAUUGGUGCGUACCAGAAUCCCAGCUGAGUCAGGAGAUGACCAGCAGCCUGAAAAUAAGAUGGAGCCAAGAGUCAUCUCAAAGUAUGACCCCCUGAAGGAAGGAAGCCCUAAAGAGACAUCGCUUGAAAACAUGGGCCUGAGCUUUUCUCUCUCCUGUCCUCACUCCCCUGUUGAAAGGGUUCUGGAGCCCUGGAUGGGAGAGGCUCUAGAAAAAGGCCACUGAGCACAAAUUUUCAUAACGCGCUGUUGAGAGCCUCACAGUCCGUCCAGAUUAAACGGGCUCAUAUUGGAUUAUUUUAGUGACACAGAAAAGCAUUUUCUGAAAAGCCCAGCUGUUCUUUGUAUUACCCUUUUCAGCUUAAACUCAGGAAUUAUAACGAAAAGUAUUUUUAUCGUCUUUCUGUAAUACUUUCAAACAUUUCAUUCAAACUAAUUGAGAUUAUUAACGUUAGACUUUGGCGUUACGUGCGCUCUUAGCUUCCAAGAGGCCUCACCUCCUACACCUCUUCCUACUGAACUAGGCAUAGAGAGAGUUGCUUUGUGCUCUGAGGACAUGAGGCCAAAGUGCAGCCAAGGGGUAGCAAAUUCAGGCUAGAUUAAACUGUGCUUCAACAACUUUCCAGUUUGUUCCUUUUGUUAUACUUUGGCAUGUUCUAUUUUUAUACCAACAAGGUGAGAAGGAUUGUAACAUGUAUAUUCUGCACUUCUUUCAGCUAGGCUUUACUCUUUCUGAGCUAACCCAGCAGUUUGCCAUUUCAAUUGUCCACAUAUUUUUUUAAGAUAUAUUGCCGGCAGAUUAUGCCAGCUGUGUUUAUAUCUUCAGUUGUAAUAUGCAUUAAUUGCACUAACGUUCUCACUGCAGUAUUUCAUAUAUCUAGAGUGAUAAAAGAUUACAGCUGACAUUAAUGCUUUCCUGUUCUGACACAUGCACUGACUUUCUUUUUGGAAAGAAUGACAGGGGAUAUUCACUUAAGACUGUGAUUUGAAUCUCCUGUCAUAUUUGUUUAUCUAUGUUCCUUACCCUCCCCUUUUUCUCAUGCUCAU